AUGGAAGUGCGACGAAUUGCAAACGAAUCUAGCUUUUUAGUGCAUUCGUUCAACAGAUCUAACAUAGUUGCCUGUGCCUUGGAUAGGAAGAAGUCGCUAUCGACUCCGAUCAUACCAUCACAAAAUGAAAACUUUUUGUGUGUUCCAAAAUUGGGUCAUAAUGGAUUACGACAAAAGCUUCCGGAGAUGGGACUAGAUUUGUCUUUCGACGAUAUCGCCAUCCAUACGGAAGUGCAACGUGCAACAACAUAUCAAACGAUUACAAAAAGUGUAUCGCAAUCUACGCUAACGAUUCCUGAAAACUACAGUUUCACUUCAGUGCAAAUCCAAGUGUACAAGCGUCGGUGGUUCCUACUAGUUCUAUGCGUUCUAAGCAUAGCAAUAUCAUACGUCCAAUGGAUACAAUACAGUAUAGUGGCAAAUAUAAUGGCGAAAUACUACAACAUAUCACCGGCAUGGAUCGACUGGACAUCAAUGAUCUUCAUGGUGAUCUACAUACUGGCUGUGUUUCCUGUGUCAUAUAUUAUGGAUGUUAAAAAUAUGCGGCAGUCAGCCGUGAUUGGAGCAGUUGGCACAGCACUAGGAGCAUGGAUAAAAGUAUUUUCCGCAGAUCCAUCGCAGUUUAAAAUAGUCAUCAUUGGGCAAAUUGUUUCGGCAAUCGCACAGGUAUUUUUACUUAGCAUUCCAUCGCGCUUGUCGGCUACCUGGUUUUCUCCACAAGAAGCUUCUUCCGUAUGUGCUUUCGGUGUGUUUGGUGGCCAGCUAGGAAUCGCAAUUGGGUUUUUUCUCACACCUAUGAUUAUCGUUAAUCAUGACGACUUUGGGGCUAUAGGUGUUGAUUUGCAAGUGUUUCUAAUGGGAGUUGCUGGCGUUUCUACCAUGAUAGCAUGCAUGGUAAUAGCAGUUUUUAAGUCAGAGCCCCCGUUUGCACCGAGCCACGUGCAGGCCUUGCAGAGAACAAUGAAGCCCCGUAGAAAAGACUACUGGCCAUCGGUAGGACGAUUAUUGAAGGACGACAAUUACCUGAUACUGGUAAUCGCUUAUGGCAUCAACGUGGGCUUAUUCAAUGCAUUCUCCACGUUGCUCAAUCAAAUCGUGCUGAACUACUUUCCUGACAGUGCUUCUGAUGCUGGACGAAUUGGUUUGGCGUUGAUAGUACUAGGACUAAUCGGUUCGAUGGUGUUUGGUUAUUUACUUGACACAAGCCAUAAGUAUAAAGCAACUGCCGUGUGGGUCUGUCGGCUUUCGGCUGUUACACUGGUAAUCUUCGCACUUGCUUUAGAAAGUCGUUCUAAAAAAUUGUUAGCAGUAGCUUCCGUAUUUCUCGGUUUUUUCAUGACAGGCUUUCAGCCAAUCGGAUAUGAGUUUGCAGCUGAGCUGACUUUUCCUGAACCUGAUGGUCCGGUGAUGGGAAUAUUAAACAUUUCUACACAAAUUUUUGGCAUUGUCAUUACAUUGAUGAUAUCCGGAAUCCAAAACAUUUUGGGUGACUUUGUGGGAAAUAUAGUUUUUGCAGCAUUCCUUAUACUGGACGGCAAUAUCAUCAGUUUGAUACGGUCGGAUCUACGACGCUACAAUACUCACUUAGAAAUAGAAAGCGAGGCUGCAAGAGAAUUCGCGGAGGAUGCUAGCGUUCGCUACGGGGACAUCUCAAACUAUGAAGAUUCGGGAUUGAAAUUGAAAAUAGACACUGAUAGUUAA